GACAUUUCUUUACAAUCAGGUGCUUCUAUCGUGCAAGCCGGCUUCAUUUACUCAUUGCAUCCCCGGAGCGAUUGUCACGCUGCCCUCAUGGUCAUCGGCGACAUAGCUCCACUUGCAUCCUUGGAAGGAUGGAUACGUUACUCUCAUGGACCCCGACACUCGAAAUAGACUGGCCGAUAAUCCUCAACUAUACUGCACUUAUAUUCGACUCUCAUCUGAAUGCUACUGACGGUGCUGCUGAGGGUGGCUGGAAUGCGCUUCGAGGUUUUCCUUUGAUUUUGAUGUCAACACCAUUGAUCCGGCAGAAUUGGAUUAUCGCUCUUUGUUCAUUUAUUUUCAUCAUAUGUCUUAUUAACUUCACUUUUUUCCCCGCAAAUUAUUAUUACGAUCUGAGUGGUAUUGAGGGAGAUGCUCAUUUUAAUUUAGAAUCAAGACAUAUUGGGCUGUCAACCAAGAAACGUUUGAUUAAUAGACUUCGCACCGACUCAAAAACGGCGAACGUGCCAAUUUAUCCAAAUGGGUGGUUUUGUCUUCUGGAAUCUGCUUCCCUCCGAAAGAAUGAAGUCAAAUACAUAUCCGCUUUGGGAGAAAAUUUUGCCGCUUUUCGGGCGUCAAGUGGAAAAGUUCACAUUGUUGAUGCUUAUUGCCCGCAUUUAGGGGCCAACUUGGGAGUAGGUGGCAUGGUGGACAACGAUUGCAUCACAUGUCCUUUCCACGGAUGGAAGUUUAAUGGAGAAACCGGAAAAUGCGCAGCUAUACCUUACAGUAAAUGCGAAAUACCAGAGUCUGCAAAAAUUCGAACUUGGAAAUCUUGCGAGGUGAACCAAUUGAUUUGCGUGUGGUAUCACGCGGAGGGCGAGGAGCCGACGUGGGAACCGCAACCGAUUCCUGAAAUAGAGGGUAACACGUAUUGGCUUGUUGGUAAAGCUCAGUACGAAGUUACCACAUCAAUUCAGGAUAUAAUGGAAAAUGUAGCAGACUUUCCGCACCUGGAGGCUUUGCACAGUGCAUUGCCUUUUGUUGGGAACAGACUAGACCACCCCUUCUGGAGUAAAUUGUUCGCAUCCAUUAAGAUGUCCGUGACUGGAAGCUGGGCAGUCGACUCCAAGAAGCCUCAUAUGUCAAUCGCACGAUUCGUUGGGAUCACGCAUUUCAUGGGAAAAGUAAAUUUGGUCAGAGCUGAUGUACUAAUAACAGUUACUGGCCCGGGUAUACUUCAAGUGGAAAUCGACUCACCGUUUGGGCGUGUAAUAGCAACAGACUGCAUCACACCUCUAGGACCUUUUCAUCAAAGGUCCUUACUCCGAAUGUAUUCUCACCUUACGACGAUGUUACCGGCCCGAUUCUAUUUCCAUACCACGAGAAUGAACAUUGAAAGAGAUUUUCUAGUAUAUAACUUUAAAGGUAUCGAGGCGAAACCAAAUGUUGUGAAAGAGGGAGGACAGAUUCUGGAAUUCAGACGGUGGUACAACAAAUUCUACACCGAACAUACUCCUCGAUUAAAGUUUCAAGUUGAUACGCUAUCAUGGUGAUGGAAUGAAGAAGAUGCGAUACGUCAGAGUAUAAAGGUUGGCCGAGCAGCCGCCUCAUUUUAGUAUACUGGAAGAUCCGACGUUGUUACAGUAUAACUGCUCGGAUAUGCAGCUCUUAUAUCCUCUGAAUGUUGCUUUCCCCAAAUUCAAGAUAAAGCAAUGAAGAUCGG